AUGGAGUUCAUUUUCUACUACUAUACGCCGUCUACUGCGGCGGCAGUCAUAUUCACUGUUCUAUUCGGGCUGAGCAGUGUUUUGCAUUUCUAUCAGCUCGUGCGGACAAGGACAUGGUUCAUGAUUCCCUUCUUUAUUGGCGCAAUCUUGGAGACUAUUGGUUAUAUUGGACGUUUACUUGCAUCAUUUGAGGCCCCGGACUUCACUAAGGGCCCAUAUAUCAUGCAAAGCGCAUUGAUCUUGAUUGCGCCGGCGUUCCUUGCUGCGAGUAUCUAUAUGAUUCUCGGACGCAUUAUCUAUAUGCUUGACGCAGAGAAACUCUCGGUAAUCAGGAUAGGAUGGCUCACCAAAAUCUUCGUCGCUGGCGAUGUGCUUUCUUUCUUGAUGCAGGCCUCAGGUGCGGGACUUAUGGUCUCAAAUGGAAAUGACCCAACCACUGGCGAACACGUUAUUAUCGGCGGUCUCUUCGUACAAAUAUUUUUCUUCGGACUUUUUACUAUCAGCGCUAUUGUCUUCCAAGCUCGCAUCUCUAAGGCCCCGACCGCCCGCUCGAUGGAGUUGAAAAGUCUGUGGGCGCACCAUAUGAUUGCUCUCUACACAGCCAGUAUUUUGAUUCUGAUUCGUUCUGUCAUUCGCGUAGUGGAAUACCUGCAAGGCUAUGAUGGAUAUCUGAUGAAGCAUGAGGCAUUUAUCUACGUCUUCGACGCCCUCCUUAUGUUCAUUACUGUGCUCGUUCUUCAGCAUGAGCACCCCAGCGAGAUCAACUGCUUGAUCGGCCGGGGCCACAAGUACUCGGAGAAAGUUAUUUGGACUCGCGAGUUUGUUCCAGGCUCCGCGCUCGAGACGGGUCCGCCGGGAGAAGUGCGAGGAGAGACAGCUGUGUAA